AUGACGCUCGCAGUCAGACAGAGCACCGCAGCGGCUUCGCUCUCUGCGAGCCUAUGCCACUCGCAAAACGACUGCAUCGCGCGCGCUUCCGUGAAUCCCGCCGCAUCUUGCACGGCAUGGCAGAGGCACAACGGGCUGCGGAUGGUAUCGACGGCUGCGGGCGAACGUGGGGUUGCCUAUAAGCGAUCGAAUCAACGGACGCGAUCGCAUAAGCGCGCGCAGGCGCGAGCGGCGGUGUCGACGGAGUCGGAGCAGGCGGCCUCUGCGGGGACGCCAGUGCGGCCGCUGCGAGUGAUGAUCUCGGGCGCGCCCGCGUCGGGCAAGGGCACGCAGUGCGAACUCAUUGUGGCGAAGUACGGGCUGACGCACAUCAGUGCGGGCGAUCUGCUGCGCGCGGAGGUGGCAGCGGGCACGGAGGGCGGGCGGCAGGCCAAGGCGCACAUGGACGCGGGGCGCCUCGUGCCGGAUGACGUGGUCGUCACGAUAGUGAAGAACCGCCUAGCACGGGAGGACGCGCAGAGCAGGGGGUGGCUGCUGGACGGCUAUCCGCGCAGCCUGUCGCAGGCGCACGCGCUGCUGGCCCUCGACAUCUCGCCCGACGUCUUCAUCCUCCUCGAUGUGCCGCACGAGAUCCUGGUGGAGCGCGUGGUGGGGCGGCGCCUGGAUCCCGCCACCAACCGCAUCUACCACCUCUCCUUCUCGCCGCCCGAAUCCGAGGAGAUCGCCGCCCGCCUCACCCAGCGCAGCGACGACACCGAGGAGAAGGUGGGGGUGGGGGUGGGGGUGGGGGAGGGGAGAGAUGAUGACACUGGGGAAAAGGUGAAGGCGCGGCUGGAGACACACAACGCCAAUGUGGCCAGCGUGCUCGACGUGUACGCCGGCAAGCUCGUGCAGGUGAACGGGCAUCGGGGCAAGGAGGAGGUGUUUGGCGACAUUGACUCCAUCCUCACCCGCCUGCAACAAGGCCAGCUCUCCUUUGACUAG